UUUGAAUUAGCUUUUAGUUAAAUAAAAUAAAAAAGUUUGAAAACAUGAAAAAUCUUGGAAGAGCUGAUAUUGGUUUGUGCACUUUUCUUGCUUCAGCUCAUCCCUCUGGUGCAUGUGGUACAAAUGGUUUACCUGUAACUCCAAACUCUAUAAAAAUUUACGGAAGGUUCCAAGAACUUAAACAACUAUCACAUCCAAAUAUUUGUCAGUAUAUUGACAUAGUUCGUGGCAAUCAUGAACGUAUUGUGGUUAUCUCAGAACACUACCAAGAUAACCUUUUACUCUCCAUGAAUAGAUUUGUAAGUAUCAGUGAAAUAAAAAAGUUGACUUAUGACAUUGUUGUUGGUUUAGAAUAUUUACAUUCCUGUGGUUAUGUGCAUAGAAACUUGUCUCCUUGCAAUAUUUUGUUAGAUUGUAAUAAUCGAGCCAAGCUUUCUUGUUUUGGUCUUUACCACAUGACAUCUUUUGGUGAUAGUGUUUUAUUUCCUAUUGGUGAUAUUUUAUAUAUGAGUCCUGAAGUUGUUGCUUCUGGUAUAAGAUAUAACUCUUUAUACGGACCUUCAAAUGCAAGUGCAGAUAUUUGGUCACUUGGAUUGAUAUUACUUGACUGCUAUCUUGAGGGUAAGCUUUGGGGUCAAUUACGAGAUUCACCAUCAAAAAUAGCUAAAUUUCUUAUUGAAUUGUUAAAAGAAAAUCCAACAUGCUUUAAAGAUAUACUGAAAGUAAGUGAAGCCAAUGAGAAGGUUGCAAGUACAGAUGAAAACUUCAUUUCUUUUAUAAGUUUGUGCCUAACCGUAAAUCCUAUAUUACGCCCUUCAGUGUAUACUUUAUUUAAUCACAAGUUUUUAAGCUCAGUAUGUGAUUCAACUGUUUAUACCAACAAUCGUGUGAUAGGUGAUCGGUUUCCUGAACUAUAUCGUUCAGCCAAUCUUCAAAUGCUUGAUUUUAAUAAGAUGAUACUUGAAGCUAAUGCGUUUGAAGAAGAUCACUUAUCUUGUAGAUCUAUUGUAGAAGUUUACCAUUUAUGGUGCCUUGCCGGAGGUGACAUUUUUAAUGAGCUUAAAAAGCAACAACUUAUUAAAACUAAACCUUCAAUAGUAAUGCUCCCCACUGUAGUUCUAUGCAGUGGUGAAGAUUUUGGGAUGGAUAAUGAUCAAGCUUUACAUUUUGACGGUAAAACUAUAUCUGUCAGUCUUUAUCAGCUCAGACAUCGUCUGUCAAACAUAAAUCCAACAGCAUAUUAUCCUUUAGUAAUAGAAGAUGACUUAUAUCCUACUGAUACUUCAGAAACAGCAAAAUUGCCUUUAAUAAUAAAGGAAAACAAUGUUGAAUACCAAUUCUAUCGUAUUGUAUUAUUUGACAGACUAUUAAAUGGAUAUCCUCAUUCCAGGGAAAGGUUGGUUAAAGAAGCAAGAAUUGAUAUUUCACCUUUAGUUCGAGCAAAGGUAUGGGCUGUUUUACUGAAUGUUACUGGUGAUAUUUUUAGCAUUUAUGAUAGAAUAGAUAAAGAGUCUUUUACAACAACUGACAGACAGAUAGAAGUUGAUAUUCCUCGAUGUCAUCAAUACAAUCACCUACUUGCUUCCCCAACAGCUCAUAAUAAACUUAAGAGAAUACUAAAAGCUUGGGUUGUGUCCCAAGAAAAGCUUGUUUAUUGGCAAGGUUUGGACUCUUUAUGUGCACCAUUUUUAACUCUUAAUUUUAAUAAUGAGGCACUAGCAUACGCAUGUUUAUCGGCGUUCAUUUCUAAAUAUUUGUAUAAUUUUUUUUUAAAAGACAAUUCCAAAGUAAUACAGGAGUACUUGGCCAUUUUUUCCCAAUUUAUUGCUUUUCACGAGCCUGACUUGUUCAAUCAUCUCAAUGAAAUAGGUUUUGUUCCUGAAUUAUAUGCAAUACCUUGGUUUUUAACGAUGUUUUCUCACGUGUUCCCUCUUCAAAAGAUAUACCAUCUAUGGGAUACCCUUUUACUUGGAAAUUCUAUGCUUCCAUUAUGCAUCGGAGUUUCAAUUCUCAUGCAGUUUAAAGAUCAACUAUUAUCUUAUGGUUUUAAUGAGUGCAUUCUUUUGUUCUCUGAUAUGCCUAGUAUUGACAUAGAGCGCUGUGUAAAAGAUUCUAUAAAGCUUUUUAAUUGUACGCCGCCCAGUGCUGGUCUUAGAAAGGAAGAUAAUCCAACAAAUCGUGUAAAGGCGCCAGCUGAAGAACAAUUUAUGAAUUUACCCGAAAAGGAGUUUAUACCUUUGGCGCAACUUAAAGGAGAAAUUUGUCUUAGAAUAUCUUCUCGAGAUUUGGUGAGAAUAUCCUCUUUGAUAUAUCAGCAAAGUUUUUCAUCGACGAAUUUAAAGGAAAAAUUCAACCAAAUGAAAAAGCCAAAAUCGAUCAAUGGUUCUAAUCCACUGAAAAGCAGACAAAAAAAAAAAGUGUUAGUUGUCGAUCUUCGCGCGGAAGAAGAUUUUUUGAGCGGUCACUUGCCAAACAGUGUAAAUAUACCUUUUAAAACGGUAGUUAACGAAAGUAACCAGUAUGUCUCUUCACCUGCUACAGCUAUUUUAGAAUCUAAUAAAGGUUGCAUGAUUCUUAUUCUUGGUCCAAAGGGGCUCCAACCGAUGAUUUUUGGUCAAUUACUCGUUUCCCGUGGUUAUAGACGUGUUUGUGUAAUGGAUGGUUCCGCUAAUACUUUGAAAGGUUUAGGUUAUUUAACAGCAGUAUAACUUAUAUAAUAAGUAACCAUUAGUAACAAUUGCGAUAUUAAAAUACCUUAGUUUACUUGAAAUAAAUAUAGCGAACAUAAGAAAAAUGAAAAUUAAAGUUAAGUUAAAAUAAGCGACUAAAGUGAAACGAAAUUGUUUUCUAUAAAAUUAAAUCCCAAUUUUUCUUAAAGAGAUUUCUUAAAGAGAUUUAAACUGCUUUGAUAAGAUGAGUUAACUUAAAUGGCUUUUUUUUUUUAAAAGAUUUUUUUUU